CGACAACCGACUCUGUCCACUGCAGCCGCCAACAAGAUGCUGAUCGCACUCGAUGCACCGCUCAACCUUACCAUCAAUUGCUCACAGAUGUUGGGCGAGUGGCUGCUGAUCGGUGCUCAAGAAGGUUUAUUCAUCACACAACUCUCAUCCCCACGUGUACCGUUCGUUGUGGCUGGACUUGCGGCAGUUUUUGACAUGAAGUUAUUGCCCGAUUUGGAUAUGUUGAUAGCGAUUAGUGGUUUGCAACGACAGCUUGUGCAAAUGCACGUGUCGGAUCUGAAAGCUGGNAUAUGUUGA